AUGACAACCCACAAGCUCUCUCCGACUCACGAGUCACAUGCGUCGCUGAUACUGAGAGAGUCCAUUCACAGACCCUUUGAUCUAAUGUCAGAAAUACUCAGGCCUAUCUGGCUCCGCGUGCUCAAAGACGAACGCUAUAAUCUCAGACGCCGUCUCUACGAUAGGGCAAGACUAUAUGAAAAGCACAGGCCAAGCAAGUGCAACAUCCAGAAAGACUGGAUCAAGCGCUACAAGGAGAACGAGGAACUCGAGUUCGCCCUCCUGCAGCGAAUCAACUGCCUGGAAAGGGUCAGAUACAGACAUAGUAGUAUUGAGCCAGAAAAUCCCUUCCAGCAUGUCCCGGGGCCCUCGGAUCCGAAACGUCAAGUCUCCCUUGCAGAAGAGCAUUACUACCGGUGCCAGAAGGCAUGGAAAGCGUUGACCCUUGACAAGCCAUCUGGUCCUAUCAUCGAUGAAUUUAACUUCCUUCAGCAUCACAGAAAUGAAGAGGGCCAAACUUUGGCAUGGGAGGAGGACAAGCUCAUGUGCGCCUCGCUUGGUGGCUGUUGCGGUCGCAGAUGUAGAUGCUGUGAGAGACCUCUCCGUCACUAUCUCUUGCCGGAGGGUGAUCAGAAGGAAAUGAUUGGAUUUCAUGGCCACUGUACCGCCGAAUGUGGUUGCUGCAUGCGUUAUCGAGGAUUCUACCGACCAGACUCACGCCUCAAAGCCCUUGAUCCCGAACUGGCAUCGAAGAUUGCGGGAUACUUCCGCAGCUCAUACGUUGGAGACAAUUAA